AUGCCUUUCCAUCGGAUCAGUCAAUGGACUGGGGGAUUCUUCGAAGACACUUCCUUGACCAAGAUUGGGUUUGAAGUCCACCUUGGCCAUGCAGGCGAGCCUUGCCCCGGACUGACCGAUGAGUGGUGCGACACAGAUGAUGAAGGAGACCAAUUCACAGACAGCCCAUGGAUACCAUUGGUUAAUGAUCCUCGGAUGACUAUGGUGGUGGAUACGUCUGGGCUCCACUCCAUGAUGAUCAGAUUCUGUCAGUGCGCCGGUGCACUGAGCCCGGACAUGCAACUAUUUGAAACCGGCCUCUUCCCUGCAUCUUUUACUUCGCCGAAGACAGCAUUUACAUUUGCGGUGUUGGACGACUUCCUGCUGGACAACCUGGAAUGCGGGACAUCGGCAAUGAACUACUACAGUAAAUUAAGAAGAAUCACAUCAAGCGUGUUCCCUCAUCUGGUUUCACCGAAAGGACCGGUACAGAGAAUUGAUGAGGGUCGGCAGGCAGUGGAGACAAACAGAAAUGGAUCCGACCCUGCAUGGCUAUAUUCCAGAUCUUUGGUCAUGGAUGGCAAUUUCAAGGCCGAGCAUUUACAUCCCACCAAUCCGACCGAUGAAGUGGCAUUGACUGACGGCUUGGGCUUCAUGGUCAGCAACGCCCGAUACAAAAUGCAUCUAUCCCAGGCGCAGGACAUUGUACAAAGGUCAGACUGUAAUAACCACCGAGCGGUCAACCAAGCAAAUGCUUCCCGCCACCGGCUGGAAGCCACAGAGAUAGGAGGGUGUGCUUGCGCGAGACACGGGUGUUUUGUCCCUCAUUCAAUGGUGGACUUUCAGAAGGGGGAAAGGCAAAUGAAUAUGGAUUACGCGCUGUGUCAAGCUCUGGGGUACAACACCGAUGGUAUUGAUCGGGCAUUGACUUUCUAUGACAUUAAUUGUCAAUACAACAAGCAUCUGAGCAAGCGGAUUGAGGACUCGCCCUAUCUUGACCUUCCAUGGGGCAUGGAGAUUAUUCCUGGCAUCGGGCUCUGGCAUGUCCACGGCCAUCAAGACAAAUGCUAUGUGUGGUAUGCAUCCAAUUUCAUAACAGGUGCCGCCAGAAUCGACGGCAAAAUCAUGGAGACCCUGUGGGCGCCCUUGAACAUCAUAUCACCGUCAGCAAGAGGGAUGUCCACCCCUCACCGAAAGGAGUGUUUGGACUUUCAGAUGAAUGAUUGCAAUUUUAUGAAGAUGAUACGCAUCAGCAAAUUCCUUUGCCGAAAAUUUAAGGAGGCCAUGCAGGGAGUCCAAGACAGCCGACAUGCAUUUGACCGGUUGAGCGAGACCGCCGAGGAUGACACCCUUGUCAAAUGGGAAGCAGAGGCCACUGCUGCUGAAGAUGACCGACUUCAUAAUCCCAGCUCCAUGGAUAUAUACGAAGUUCAGUUGACCAAAGCACCAACAAGAAAACAGCAAGAGUUGCACCUACUGAACCGUCAGGCACAAUGGCCCACUGGUGAGAUUCACCGGGGUGCUGCAACUUGGCUGGCCUGUGGAAUGACACUGGAGGAAGUGCAAGUAGCCCUCCUGAUCGAUGUCAACAAGUUGGGGAAACGGCCGACCGACAAUCAGAAGCUGGCUAUUGCCCGGCGUCGUGACAGAUUGCAAGGUCAACUAGAUGAAUUUGUGAGGGUCGCACCGACAUUUCUUGGCAAUGAAUUCAACAGCUGCGACCAUUUGGACGGUAUGACAGUUAUGUUGGACGCAACAGAAUUGGAUUCCGUCGGAUCAUCAUCGGAGGCUCCCGAUCGGUCAGAUGAUGAAGACCAACGUGAUAUAUCGGUGGAGUUCAAUCCCGAGACCGUGGUGAUUCCAUUACCGUCAAACAUCGGCAUCGAAAGGUGCGCCGAGUGGGGCGUCUCCGACCUUGUGCUACAAGAAAUAUCCUUAAGAGAGGGCCAAGCAAACGAUGCAUUGCAUGCUGUGAGGGUCAACUUGGCUGACAAGGCCGUUCUCUUUCGCACCACGGUUCGGUCGGCAAAGUCACAAGCACGGUCGACCAGAGCAUGGGCUCGUGUGCACUCAGUUGACAGAGUUCUUAACCUCAACACACAGAUCUACGCAAAAUGCCGGAAGCAGCUCAUUAAUCUCGGUGCCGAUGACUUAUUGAUGAAGUAUCGGCUAUUGGAGAAGGCCGACCUCAAGGCCACUACCGUGGUGGCAGACCCAAAUGCCCGCGGUCAAAGAAAUAGCACAUUAGCCUGGUUUUGGUCCAUUGAUGUCGAGGGGGAUUCUACCAGCAAUGACUGGAUGAAUGAAUUUUACCGUGUCCAUUGGCUCAGGACAUUGGCACUGCGAAAUCGUUGGGAAGAGGAGCUACUGCUGGUCGGUCGAGAAAUGACAUGGACGGUUGCAUUCUUUAUGCAUAAAUCUCAACAAUGGGUCCGCCGAAUGCAGGAGGCCGAUGCAAAGGACAUCAUUGGGCACCGCUGCUAUGCAGCCCGCCAGGCUAAAAUCAUGCAGAAGACAGCUUUGAGAGAACAAAAGGGGUGGCUGAGGUUGCGGAGUGACCGGGGUUCACAUGCAGCUGCUAGAUUAGUCAUCAGUACAAUGCUGAUCCCCAUAAAAGUUUUUUCCGUGUUGAUGUUAACUACCACCAUCAUGUCCAACUCCCUAACAUUGCAUACGUAUGAACUGAGUGACUUUACUCCGUGGGAUGCUGCCAAUGUUCUAGAGUUUGCUACGUCUCAAUUCGCCGCGAUCUGGCUGGCUUGCGACCGAAACCACAUCCCUCGAACGCCGGCUUACAAAGCCACCUUCAUUCGGCAUCUUCAGUGGGAGGCAGAUCGUUUUGUAUUCCCAUAUAUUAACAUAUCAGUGGUCCUCAACAUCCACCCAACCAUGCCCGACCUUCUCUGCAGCAUCAUCGGCAGAUUUACCCGAUUCCAAACUGGAACCAUCACAGCCGAGGAAUUGCAUGAUGAAUUCUUUCUUCACUGCUCUCCGCAUCGCCCUGGAUUGACGUCCCACCACCGAGUUGUUCCUAACUAUCCCUAUGAUUGGUGGAAGGAUCGCUUUGACCGCUUGAGUUUUGAGCUGCCGGUCUUGAACCUGCAAGAGGUCAUGGAGAUGACCCAUGACCACUUUGAACAACUGCCGCUGGGAGCUAUCCUUGAACCGGGUCCUGCGGUAACCGGUCAAGUGGACGGUGAAGCCCUCUUCAAUCAAAUUGUGGCCGCAAGAGCCCACCUCCAACAUCUCGGCGAAUCAAUGGCUUCCUUGCUGGAGCAGAAAGCCGGGAUUGCCGCUGCAGCCGCGUCCACCAUGUCUCAACUUGAGGGACCAAUUGCCGAGCUGGAGGAAGAGCUCUUAAAUUCUGGUAGGCAAUUGUCUGGCAAGGAUUGA